AUGAUCUCCUCCAGGAUAGAUUAUAGCAGUCUAUCUGAAUCGACAUACGAAAACAACACGGAAUGCAUUCAAGACGCUUGUGGGGGAAGAGGGCCACAGGGUUUGUCAGCAGGAGGAAAGCCAUCCGCCAUCGGAAAGUGGCCGUGGGUGGCUGCCAUAUAUGACGUCACGAAUAAGCUCCUCAUUUGUGGAGGGGCUCUCAUUCGAGAACAAUGGGUUCUGACCGCUGCUCAUUGCCUCACCGAAGGCCGUACCGCACGACGUCGGGAUCAGAAAGACUUCCUCGUUUAUCUGGGAAAAUACUAUCGUAUUGAUUCCCUGGAUGAUAGAUUCGUGCAAAAGAGAGAGGUGUCUACGAUCAUCCUUCAUAAGGGCUAUACCAUGCAUAACUUUGACUCAGACAUUGCCCUGCUGAGACUAACUGAGCCGGUGGAGUUUACUAAAAGAGUGGAGUUGAUAUGUCUCCCGACAAAUCAAUAUUUUUCGGUGGCAAACCUCGAGGAUGGAAAAACAGGAUUGGUUGCUAGUUGGGGGGAAAAUGUCUCGGAUAAGCUGAGUGACAAUUUGAUGGAGAUCGAAAUUCCUGUUUUAUCGAAUGACAACUGUCACAAGAAUACCAUACAUCUCACAGGUGAACCUGAUACCACGCGAACCCUCAGCUAUAACUCUUUCUGUGCUGGAUUUCAUGGAAAUACUUCUUCCCAAGAUUUCCAAGCUGCAUGUCUUGGGGAUUCAGGCAGUCCCAUGGUCUUCUAUACCCAUGCCUUGAAGCAGUGGCAGAUCGAAGGAAUCAUCUCUGUGUGGACAAUCUGCACGAGCAAUUUCAACUGCGUGAACAACGCAGAGUGCGUGGACGGGACAUGUCGCUGUCGAGGCGGCUUCCUCACCCAUGGAGCCACCUGCAUAGAUGUGAACGAAUGCGAGGAGCCGAACGUGUGCGGGGUCCACGCCCUCUGCGUGAACCAGCCGGGCUCGUACGCGUGCAAGUGCGAGACGGGAUUCCUCGGAAAUGUUCAAUGUGUCCUCCUUUCUGGUUCACCACUACUUGCAGUGUCUCUCUUCACAUCAAAAUUGCCUUGGCAAUCCAAUCCUGGGGCAGCUCUUCCCAAGCAGCAUUGA